GGCCCCUCUCCAAGGGCGGGAGUUUGGGGGGGCCGGGUCUGGUCGCCGCGGGCCCCCGCCCCCGGCCUGGCCUCUGGGCGGCUGCUCCUUCGCUGAGGAGUGCUUCGGGGAUCGCUCGCGCUCAAGAGGAGGUCCCAGAGGCACAGCAAUGGUUGGAGACCCUUCAGGGGAGUAGCAGUGUUUGGCUGGCUAGAAACCUGUGGGCUUGCUGGGUGAUGCCCCAUGGAGGCAGGAAGCCCCAGAUUGAGCAUGAAGCCCCAGUCGCUACAGCUGGUGCUGGAGAAGCAGGUGUUGGCCCUGCAGCAGCAGAUGGCGGAGAACCAGGCUGCCUCCUGGAGGAAGCUGAAAACCUCGCAGGAGGCCCAGCAGAGGCAAGCGAGCCUUGUGAGGAAGCUGCAGGCCAAGGGCCUGCUCUCUUUGCCUCAGGUCUUACAGUACCGGAGCUGGUGCCAAGAGCUGGAGAAGCGGCUAGAAGCCACAGGGGGGCUGCUCCCUCAGCGGUGGGAAAGCGUGGAGGAGCCAAACCUGGAACAGCUGCUGAUUCGAUUGGAGGAAGAGCAGCAGAGGUGUGAGAAUCUCGCAGAAGUCAACACUGAGCUCCGGCUGCACAUGGAAAAAGCUGAUGUGGUGAAUAAAGCCCUUCAGGAAGAUGUGGAAAAAUUGACAGUGGACUGGAGUCGUGCCCGGGACGAGUUAAUGAGGAAGGAGAGCCAAUGGCGGAUGGAGCAGGAGUUCUUCAAGUGCUAUCUGAAAGGUGAACACAGUCGUCUUCUCGGUCUAUGGCGGGAGGUGGUGACCUUCCGACGCCACUUCCUGCAAAUGAAGUCAGCUACGGACAGAGACCUGACAGAGCUAAAAGCUGAACAUGCGAGGCUGUCAGGGUCCCUGCUGACCUGUUGUCUGCGCUUGACGGUGAGAGCACAGUCUCGGGACCCCAGCGGAUCUGGAAGAAUGGGUGAGAGUGAGCCAACCCAGCUGCUGCUGCUCGUGGCCAAGACCCAGGCACUGGAGAAGGAAGCCCAUGACAGGAGCCAGGAGUUACUCCAGCUGAAGAGUCAAGGGGAUCUGGAGAAGGCUGAGCUUCAGGACCGGGUGACUGAGCUCUCAGCUCUGCUGACCCAGUCUCAGAAGCAAAAUGAAGAUUAUGAGAAGAUGGUAAAGGCUCUGCGGGAGACAAUGGAGAUCCUGGAGACAAAUCAUGCAGAGUUAAUGGAACAUGAGGCAUCUCUUAGUAGGAAUGCCCAAGAGGAAAAGUUAUCUUUGCAGCAUCUGAUCAAGGACAUAACCCAGGCCCUGGCCUUGGUGGAAGAAGAGGACAGUAUGGGCCGAGCUUGUGGUCAUGAGAGCUCGUUGCAGCUGGACUCUAGUCGCUUCUCCCAGUUUGAUCCCCAGAACCCAGACAAGGCUCUUACUCUGGUGCACUCAGUGCUGACACGGAGACAUCAGGCUGUACAGGAACUAAGGCAGCAGCUUGCAGGCUGCCAGGAGGCUAUGAGCUGCUUGCAGCAGCAGCACGAUCAGUGGGAGGAAGAGGGCCAAGCCCUGAGAGAGAGGCUACAGAAGCUCACGGGGGAGCGGGACGCUCUCGCAGGACAGACUGCGGGCCUUCAGGGAGAGGUGGACUCUCUCAGCAAGGAGCGAGAGCUCCUGCAGAAGGCCCGGGAAGAGCUGCAGCAACAGCUGGAAGUGCUGGAGCAGGAGGCGUGGCGACUGCGCAGGGUGAACAUGGAGCUGCAGCUUCAGGGGGACUCUGCCCAGGAGGAGAGGCAGGAACGGCAGGAGGAGCUGCACCUGGCUGUCCGCGAGAGGGACCGUCUUCAGGAGACGCUGGUGGGCCUGGAAGCCAAGCAGUCAGAAUCCUUAAGUGAACUGAUCACUCUUCGAGAAGCCCUGGAGUCAAGUCGGCUGGAAGGAGAGUUACUGAGGCAAGAGCAAGCCGAAGUGAAUGCAGCACUGGCCAGGGCAGAACAAUCCAUUGCAGAACUGUCAAGUUCUGAGAACAACCUGAAGACAGAAGUAGCUGAUUUGCGGGCUGCAACUGUCAAGCUCAGUGCCUUAAAUGAGGCUUUGGCCUUAGAUAAAGUUGGCCUGAACCAGCAGCUUCUCCAGCUGGAGCAGGACAACCAGUCUGUGUGCAGCAGAGCGGAGAUGGCUGAGCAGGCACGAAGCUCUUUGCAGAUGGACCUGGCUGAGGUGGAGCGGAGCAGAGAAGCCCUGUGGGAAAAGAAAACUCACCUGGAGACUCAGCUGCAGAAGGCAGAGGAAGCAGGGGCUGAUCUACAGGCAGAGUUUAGGGGCAUCCAAGAAGAAAAGGAAGAACUUAAAGAGAAAUUAAAUGAGGCGCAGCACCAGCAGAGAGCAGUCACAGCUCAGCUAGAGCAGCUGCAUCAGGAGGCGAAGCGACAGGAAGACGUGCUGGCCAGGGCAGUCCAGGAGAAAGAAGCCCUCGUUCGCGAGAGGGCGGCUCUGGAGGUGCGUCUACAGGCCGUGGAGCGGGACCGCCAGGACCUUGCUGAACAACUUCUGGGGCUCAGCUCAGCCAAGGAGCAACUGGAGAGCAGUCUGUUUGAGGCCCAGCAACAAAAUUCUCUGAUAGAGGUCACCAAGGGGCAGCUGGAGAUCCAAAUUCAAACUGUCACUCAAGCCAAGGAGGUAAUUCAAGGGGAGGUGCAAUGCCUGAAGCUGGAACUGGAUGCUGAAAGGAGCCGGGCAGAGCAGGAGCGGGAUGCAGCAGCCAGACAGCUGGCUCGAGUGGAACAAGAUGGCCAGGCUGUCCUGGAGCAGCAGAAGGUGGCCCACGAGGAGGAGGUGAACAGACUCCAAGAGAAAUGGGAGAAAGAACGCUCCUUCCAUCAGCAGGAGUUCGAUAAGACCCUGGAGAACCUCGAGAGGGAAAGAAAGGAGCUGGAAAUGAGGCUGAAGGAGCAACAGUUAGAAACUGAGGCCAUCCGUGCACAGAGGGAAGAGGACCGGACCCAGGCCGACAGUGCCCUCUACCAGGUGCAGCUGGAAACGGAAAAGGAGAGGGUGUCCCUCCUGGAGACACUGCUACAGACCCAGAAGGAGCUGGCAGAUGCUGGCCAACAGCUGGAACGGCUGAGGCAGGACAUGAAGAUUCAGAAGCUGAGGGAGCAGGAAACCACUGGGAUGCUGCAGACCCAGCUUCGGGAGGUUCAGCAGGAGCUGAAGGACACAGCCCAGCGGCACAGGGACGACCUUGCCACCCUCCGGGAAGAGGGCCGUACCCUGCUGCAGGAAAAGAUGGACCUGCAGAAGCAGGUAGAGGACUUGAAGUCUCAGCUGGUGGCCCAGGAUGACUCACACAGGCUAGUGAAACAAGAAGUUGAGGAAAAGCUGAAAGAAGCCCGGGAGUGUAGUCAAAUUCAGAAGGAACUGGAGAGAGAGAAUGCCAGCUUGACUCUGACCCUGGAAGAAAAAGAAGAAAGACUCUGUGUUUUACAAGAAGCCGACUCUAUUAGACAAGAAGAGCUGAGCUCGCUGCGCCAGGACAUGCAGGAGGCCCAAGAAAGGCAGAGAGAGCUCAGUGCCCAGGUGGAGCAACUGAGGCAGGAGGUGAAGGAAAAGGAGUCUGACUUCGUGGCCCAGGAAGCACAGCUGCUGGAGGAGCUCGAGGCCUUGCGGAUCUCAGAGCAGCAGCUCCGCGCUUCCUUGCGGGCCCAGGAGGCCAAGGCAGCCCAACUGCAGCUGCGACUGCGCAGCACUGAGGGCCAGCUGGAGGCACUGGCCACAGAACAGCAGCCCGAGAACCAGGCCCAGGCCCAGCUGGCCAUUCUGUACUCCGUCCUGCAGCAGGCCCUCGGGUGUGCAUUUGAGAACCGGCCUGAGCUGAGGGGCGGGGGUGACUCGGCUCGUUCUCUCUCAGGCCCUGUGCCAGAUCAGAAUGGAUCCAGGAGCCUCUUGAAGAGAGGGACCCUCCUGAAGACCAUGCCAUCAGUGGAGGCCAUAGCACUGGCUCUCCAGAAACUUCAGCAAGACCUGUGGAAGACUCAGCAGGCCCGGGAUGACCUGAGGGACCAGGCCCAGAAGCUGGCACAGCGUCUAACAGAUGCCGAGGCCCAGAAGAGCCAGGCCCACUCAGAGGCACAGGACCUACAGAGACAGCUCUCCCAGAGCCAGGAAGAGAAAGCCAAGUGGGAAGGAAAACAGAACUCCCUAGAGUCUGAGCUGAGAGACCUGCAUGAGACUGUGGCAUCCUUGCAGAGUCGCCUGCGGCAGGCAGAGCUGCAGAGAAUAGAAGCCCAGAGUGAGCGAGAGUUACUUCAGGCAUCCAAGGAGAGCCUGGCGGCUCAGGUUGAACAUCUGCAGUCAUGUGUUGCAGAAGCCCAGGCUCAGGCGAGGGCUGCUGGUGUCCUGGAAGAAGAUCUGCGCACAGCACGCUCAGCCCUGAAACUGAAAACUGAGGAGGUGGAGAGUGAGCGGGAGAGAGCGCAGGCUUUGCAAGAGCAGGGUGAGCUGAAGGUGGCCCAGGGGAAGGCUCUGCAGGAGAAUCUGGCUCUGCUGGCCCAGACCCUGUCUGAAAAAGAAGGGGAGGUGGAGGCCCUGCAGGGAGAAAUCCAGCAGCUAGAGAAGCAGCGGGAAAUGCAGAAGGCCGCUCUGGAACUGCUCUCGCUAGACCUGAAGAAGAGGAACCAAGAGGUGGACCUGCAACAGGAGCAGAUCCAGGAGCUGGAGAAGUGCAGGUCUGUCUUGGAGCACCUGCCCAUGGCUGUCCAGGAGCGAGAACAGAAGCUGACUGUGCAGCGGGAUCACAUCCAAGAGCUCGAGAAGGAUCGCGAGACCCAAAGAAAUGUCUUGGAGCGUCAGCUUGUGGAUCUGGAGAAGCAGACCCAGGUGAUUGAGGCUCAGAGGGAACAGAUCCGAGAUCUGGAAAAGCAGCUGGUGACUCUGGAGUGCCUCACCUUGGAGCUGGAGAAAAGCCACCACAAAGAAGUGGAGCAGCAGCAGCUGAUCAAGGAGCUGGAGGGCCAGAGGGAAGUGCAGAGGGUGGCUCUGACCCACCUCACUCUGGAUCUGGAAGAAAGGAGCCAGGAGCUGCAGGCACAGGGUGGCCAGCUCUGUGAGCUGGAGAGCCACAGUGCCCUACUGGCCCGAGAGCUGCAGGAGAGGGACCAGGAGGUCAAGACCCUGCACCAGCAGAUCGAGGAGCUGCAGAGGCAGAAAGAACAUCUGACUCAGGACCUGGAGCGGAAGGGCCAGGAGCUCAUGCUGCAAAAGGAGCGGAUUCAGGUUCUGGAAGACCAGAGGACGCUGCAGACCAAGAUCCUAGAGGAAGACCUGGAACAGAUCAAGCUGUCCCUGAGAGACCGGGGCCGGGAGCUGGCUUCUCACAGGCAGCUCACGCACGAGCGCGCAGAGGAAGGACAGAGCCCUACGAAAACGCAGCGCGGGAGCCUGGAGCACAUGAAGCUGAUCCUGCGGGAGAAGGAGAAGGAGGUGGAAUGCCAGCACGAGUGCAUCCGGGAACUUCAGGAGCACAAGGACCAGCUGCAGCAGCAGCUCCAGGGCCUGCACAAGCAGGUGGCUGAGACCAGCCUGCUCCUGUCCCAGCGAGAGCAGGAGGCUGUGAUCCUUCAGCGGCACCUCCAGGAAGCCAAGGAACGGGGGGAGCUGAAAGAGCAGGCGCUUCAGUGCCGGCUAGAAGAGGCCCAGCGAGCCCUGGCGCAGAGGGAGCGGGAGCUGGAGGCCCUGCAGCAAGAGCAGCAGCAGGCCCAGGACCAGGAGGAGAGCGCGAAGGAAAAGGCAAGCACGCUCCAGGCCGCUCUUGAGCAGGCCCAUGCCGCUCUGAAGGAGCAGCAGGGGCGGCUGGAGGAGCGCAGGGAGCAGGUGCAGAGGCUCCAGGAAGAGCUGGCAGUGGAGGGGCGGCAGGUGCAGGCCCUCGAGGAGGUGCUGGGAGACCUGAGGGCUGAGUCUCGGGAGCAGGAGAGGGCUCUGCUGGCCCUUCAACAGCAGUGCUCUGAGCAGGCCCAGGAACACGAGGCAGAAACCAGGGCCCUGCAGGACCGCUGCCUGCAAGCUCAGGCCAAGCUCAAGGAACAGGACCAAGAGCUGGAGGCUCUACGGGCUGACAACCAGUCCUCCCGACAUCAGGAGGAGGCCGCAUGGAGCCAGGCAGAGGCGCUGCAGGAGGCCCUCAGCAAGGCCCAGGCUUCCCUGCAGGAGAAGGAGCAGAGUCUUCUGGAGCAGGCUGAGCUGAGCUGCAGUCUGGAAGCCAGCACUGCCACCUUGCGAGCCACCUUGGACACCUGCCAGGCACGUGCCCGACAGCUAGAGGAGGCCCUGAGGACACAAGAAGGUGAGAUCCAAGACCAAAAACUCCGACACCAGGAGGACUUGCAGCAGCUUCAGCAGGCCCUUGCCCAGAAGGAUGAAGAGCUGAGACAGCAGAAGGAACAAGGGCAGCUGCUGGCUCAGCGCAGCCAAGAGAAUGGGAUCCAAAAGAGGCGCAGUCUGGAACGAGAGAGAGCGGAGUCAAGGGCUGUUUGGGAGAACCUCAGGCAGCUCCAGCUGACCCUAGCCCGAAAGGAAGAGGAGAUCCUGGAGCUGAGAGAGGCCCAGCAGAGGAAGACUCUGGAAGCCUCUUCUCCACGACGCGGUGCCUUCCCAGCAAAGGAGCAGCCUUCAAAACUGGAUUCUUUGGGGCCCAGCCUGCAGCAGGACUUGGAGAGACUACAAACAGCCCUGCGGCAGACGGAGGCCAGGGAGAUUGAGUGGAGGGAAAAGGCUCAGGGUUUAGCACUGUGCCUGGCCCAGAGCAAGGCCAGCAUCAGCAGUCUGCAGGAGGUAGCCAGGUGUCUCCAAGCCUCUGUUCUAGAGCGGGAAUCAGAACAACAAAGGCUGCAGGAGGAGUUGGUGCUCACCCGGCAGGCUCUGGAGGAAGAGCAGUCACGGAGCCCACAUGCGACCAGCAAAGCAGACCAAGGGCCCAGUGCAGCGCCGGGCGCACAGCCUGGAGAGGUCUCAGGAGUGGAGGCUGAGCCUAUUCUUGGAAUAAAGGAGAAGGAGUCCUGGAGACAACGGCUUGAGUGCCUACAGCAAGCAGUGGCCCAGCUGGAGGUCGACCGGAGCAGACUACAGCACCACAAUAUGCAGCUGCGGACCACCUUGGAGCAGGUAGAGCGAGAGCGGAAAAAGCUGAAGAGAGAUUCCCUGCGCGCCUCCCGAGGAGGGGCCCUAGAAAUCAGCGAAGCCAUGGCCUCAUCACCCACACAGCAGGAUGGAAGAAGAGGACAGAGGAACUCCUCAGACUCCAAGAAUGUGGUUGAACUGCAGAAAGAGGUAACCCUGCUGCGAGCCCAGCUGGCCUUGGAGCGGAAGCAGAGGCAGGACUAUAUCGCUCGCUCAGUACAGACUAGCCGUGAGCUGGCAGGCCUGCACCACAGCCUCUCCCACUCCCUCCUCACUGUGGCCCAGGCUCCCGAGGCUACCGUCCUGGAGGCUGAGACCCGCAAGCUGGAUGAAUCCCUGACUCACAGUCUGACAUCUCCAGGUCCAGUCCUGCUCCAUCCCUGCGCUUCCCAAGGUGCCCCCAGCUAACAGCCACAGCCAGGGCAGGCCACAGGCCAGACUGCUGCACAGACAGACGACUGCACGGGGCGCUCCCUCUGCCGCACAGCCGCGCGCUUGCCAAAUGAACGACUUAGCUGUUCCCCAACGUGGGGGCCAGAUCAGUGAGCAUUCCGGGAAGAGGACCCUCAACUCACAUGGCACUGAGGCCAAUCGCAUUUGUUUGUUGGUCUACAGCCAUCCAAGCAGUGCCUUGCCCUGACCACGGGGCAUUACUGUCUUCCUGCCUGGUGAAACCGUUGCAGUCCACAGUAAGCCUGGGGGACUCAGAUGCCAACGGCAUGUGGAUGUUCUGUCCAGGUCGGGAGCAUUCUGUAGGCAUCAAGUGCAGGGCGCUCGCGUUGCCCUCUUGUCUACAGCUGAUUUUCCCAGCCCUUCACCUUCCCUUGCCACAGUAAACCCAGGCUCUUUGCAUCGGUC